AUGCAAACCUACCAAGGAAAUAAAAGAGUGAUGGCUACUUAUUAUGACUUGCCUUUUGAUCCCAGAACAUUGAACCUAGCUUUGCCAUUAAAGCUUCAAGGAACUAUAGAGGAGCCUUUACCUGCCCUUAAUACCUUGGCAAGAUCUCAGGGCCAGCCUCUUUAUUGGGGUGCUUCAAUGAGCAUUUUUCCAAAUUGUCCGGAAAAUCUGAGCUUUAACUGCCCUCAGCCUACUCAUCAGCCAAUGUUCAUGAAUGAUUUCCAGGCUAAACCUAAUGUGUAUCAAAUCGAAUGCAGCUCAAAAGGAUAUCCAGAAGAAUUCCCAGAGAUAUAUGAGCAGCAGAAAGAGACCUCAAAGCCACUAAACUUGGAGGAAAAUAAAACUUCAAUUUUGAGCAAUGAAAAGAAGGUAUGAAGAGUAAUUUUCAGACUUUUUUCUUCGAUGGUAUGAAACUGGUGUUGAUAUGAAUCUCCUGCUUUAAAGGCAUUAAGCUUGGAGACUUAA